AUGACUAUAGUGCAUAUUGUUUUGUUUAAGUUUCGUGCAGAGACUGGCGAGGAGAUACGAGAGAAAUUCCUCACCGAAAUCAAGACUCUCAAAUCCCUUCCUUCUGUCAAACAUCAACGACUUGUCGUUGGUGGUCCCUCAAUAACCGAGCCUGCCGUGAAGAGCAAAGGAUAUCAGUAUGCGUUACUAAGCUAUCAUGAAGACCGAGCAGCUUUGGCUGCCUAUCAAGCAAGCAGUGAGCACGAGAAGGUGACCAGCACGUAUUUUAUUCCCUACCGAGAGGACCUUGUUCGUUUUGAUUUUGAAGUGGACCGGGACGAUGAGCCUUUAUUGGGAUUCGAGUCAAUUUGUUGA